UUGAAUUAAUCUUAAUCCAACUCCACGCGUUUUGGCGCAAUUAAAAUCCCAAACGAAAACCCAUCACCCAUGUUCCCGAUUUGAUUAAAAUUUCUUUUAAAUUUCUUCGACAAGUCUUCGUACUCACCAGACAAAAUCCACCCAGAAGCCUCACCGUCUCUCUUUCAUCAUCUCAACAAGCGAAGCCGUCUCAUCUUUUCUCAAUAUCAUCGUUUUCGGUUCAUCUUGCUUAAGAUCUAAGACCCCUUUUGAUUUUUCCCCAGAUGGGUCGCUGAAUUUCAAUCGGCUUUCCUGAUUUCUGGACUUGACUAUUCGUUUUAGCUAGUUGUUGAAGAGCUCGAGGAGUUUGGUGAUGUGGGUCUUGUAGUUCACCUUCAGAUUUGAUCGGAUUCUAGAAGAGGCAUUGACUUUUUCCCUUUACUUAUUUGAUUUUCUUCACUUUUAUGUUCGAUUGUUCUGCCAUUUUUGUACCAAUAAAGGGUUCUUCAAGUUCUGGGGAUGAUGCUGAUUCCUGAUUCUGUUUGAUUCUGUUUGAUUCAGCAUAUGCUUAUUUGAUUAUAGUUCUAUGGUUGCUUUUAUGAGCUUAGAGCCAAGCGAGAUUUGGGGUUGACUUGGAGAUUUGUGUAUUUAGCUUAUGGAGAUUGGAUCUUAAGUUUGGUGUGAAUCAUAUAGAAUAGGAAUGUAUGUUUGUGCUUGAAUUGAGGAAGUCUCUGGAAGCUUUUUGAGUUGUGGGAAGCGAUGGGGAAUACUUGUGUAGGACCAAGCAUUUCAAAGAAUGGAUUCUUUCAGUCCGUGUCUGCUGCUAUGUGGCGAUCUCGAUCUCCCGAGAACUCGGCUUCUCAUCAUAGUAAUGGGGAGAAUGUCAAUGAGGCAGCAGCUAGCGAACCCGAAUCGCCUUUGCCAGUUCAAAACCAACCCCCUGAAAAAGUGACGAUGCCUGAAUCAGAAGUCAAAUCAGAACCGCCUGCGGAGCCUAAGGUACGGCCUGUUAUGAAAAGGGUGGGUAGUGCCGGGCUUCGUGGUGGUUCAGUUUUGCAGACAAAGACUGGGAACUUUAAGGAAUAUUACAGCUUGGGUAAGAAACUAGGUCAAGGACAAUUUGGAACGACAUAUAUGUGUGUGGAGAAGGCAACUGGAAAAGAGUAUGCUUGUAAGUCAAUUGCAAAGAGGAAGUUAGUAACUGAGGAAGAUGUUGAAGAUGUGAGAAGGGAAAUUCAGAUAAUGCACCACUUGGCCGGGCACCCGAACGUUAUAUCGAUCAAGGGAGCUUAUGAGGAUGCAGUUGCAGUUCAGGUAGUUAUGGAGUUAUGUGCUGGUGGCGAGCUAUUUGAUAGGAUCAUUCAACGCGGACAUUAUACUGAAAGGAAGGCUGCCGAGCUUACAAGGACCAUAGUUGGGGUCGUGGAAGCUUGUCACGCUCUAGGAGUGAUGCACCGAGACCUUAAGCCAGAGAAUUUUCUCUUCAUCAGCAAGGAAGAGGAUUCACUUCUCAAAACAAUUGAUUUUGGACUAUCAAUAUUCUUCAAACCAGGUGAGAAGUUUAAUGACGUGGUUGGGAGCCCAUACUAUGUUGCACCUGAAGUUUUGCGGAAGCGCUAUGGUCCCGAAUCGGAUGUUUGGAGUGCUGGAGUAAUUGUGUACAUUCUGUUAAGUGGAGUGCCUCCUUUUUGGGCUGAAUCCGAGCAAGGGAUAUUCGAAGAGGUCCUGCACGGUGACCUCGACUUCUCUUCUGACCCUUGGCCCAGCAUCUCGGACAGUGCGAAGGAUUUAGUGAGAAGAAUGCUUAUUCGAGACCCACGAAAGAGGUUAACAGCAUAUGAAGUUUUGUGCCACCCUUGGGUCCAAGUCGACGGUGUGGCUCCUGACAGGCCACUUGACUCAGCGGUCUUGACUCGAUUGAAGCAGUUUUCAGCCAUGAACAAGCUCAAGAAAAUGGCUAUCAAGGUCAUUGCAGAGAGCUUAUCUGAAGAAGAAAUUGCUGGCCUCAAAGAAAUGUUCAAGAUGAUCGAUACCGACAACAGCGGUCAAAUCACCUUCGAAGAACUCAAAGCAGGAUUGAAAAAAUUUGGAGCUAACCUUAAGGAGUCGGAGAUUUACGACCUAAUGCAAGCAGCAGAUAUAGAUAACAAUGGAACCAUUGACUAUGGGGAGUUUGUAGCUGCCACAUUGCAUCUAAACAAAAUCGAGAAGGAAGAUCAUCUUCUUGCAGCUUUUUCAUAUUUCGAUAAGGAUGGAAGCGGGUUCAUUACGCACGACGAGCUUCAACAAGCAUGUAAAGAUUUCGGGAUAGAGGAUCUCCAGUUGGAAGAAAUGAUGCGUGAAGCUGAUCAAAACAAUGAUGGAACGAUCGACUAUAACGAAUUCGUGGCGAUGAUGCAAAAGGGAAACGUAACAAAUGCUGGCAAGAAAGGUCUACAAAGUACUUUCAGCAUUGGCUUUAGGGAGGCUCUAAAAAUAUAAAUGCUUUUAUGUAAAGGUAACACAUUUAAGUUAUUUUCUCAUGUGUUCCUGCCUGCAAGUGAUUGUGGCAAGGAGCAUGGCCCUUUCGGAACCAUGUCAUUCAUUUUUCGAUUUUUUCCCGAUGAGUAUUAUCGACCAGAAUCAGUCGUAACACGUAGUAAUGCUAUGCGGAGAAAAAAGGCGUAUAUUUUUUCCUUUUGUUUUGUAUCUUUAAAAUACUCUAAAUGAAAAUUUUAAUUUGGUAUUGAAGCUUU